AUGGCUUUCCCAUCGGAGGCAUCGUGCAACGAGGAGCAGUUGGAAGUGUGCAGAGAUCCAGAUCCCUUCACGAACAGUAACUGGGGCGAAUGUAGGCACAAGCCCUACAUGGAGUUCAGUCACUUGUGCGUCCAGCAACAACAACAAAAACACAACCAACAACAACAACCUUAUCUAAACCAUUCAAAACGUUCAACACUUGAGAAGAACGACGACACGACAACACUUUGCUGUCGCUACCACCAAGAUUGGAAUCACUUUCGUUGUCAAGGAAGCGAUGAUGUCAUCGAUAAAAAUUUAAACGGAAGUAACAAAGUCGUUGACAUGAAAUAAUUGAAACAUCUAGCUUUCCAUUAAAACGUCAUAGACAACAAAACAUCUUAUAUGGCAAAACAACAAGACAGCAUCAAAUCAACAACAGCAAGACAACAUCAAAACAAAAUAACCAAAAGACGGCAUUUCGAAUUCAUGUCGUUCCUUCAAUUAGCAUUCAUUGUCCUGUGUCAUUUAUCCGUUGAACGAUCUUUAUUGUCUCUCAAUAAAGAAAAUUUCUAAACAUUUACAAGGUAAUUAUUACAAAAUCUGGUUACAAAAUAUUCUCGUCGUUGUAAUACACACAAUCCUUAUAUUUCUAGACGCUAACAACAAGGUGUAGAAUGUUAUUUAUAACGAAUUUAAUUGAAAUAUUUUUUAAUGCUUCAUUUGUUUUACACCAAACGUUCAUUUCACAAACUCAAUAGAUUUUUUUCACCACAAUCAAGCAAAUGGUUC